AUGCCAUGGAACACUACAGAGAACGAUGCCUAUCCAUUCCUCGGCACUCGCUCCUACGGGGCCGCUGUGCUAGCGAGGGAGCGAAUAACCGCCUCGGACUUGCUAAGCGGCAGCAACUCGUCGAACACUGUAGAUAUCGUGGUCGCCGACACUGAAUGUCGGUCCAUCAUAGCCGGCGGGCACGCGGUCGACUUCAUGGACGAAUCCGUGGACGCGUUCAUCGGGCCUCCGUGCUCGAUGCCUUGUUCGACGGUAGCCGACUUGACCAGCUACUGGCAAGUCCCGAUGACGUCGUGGUUCUGCCCGGCCAUUGACGAUGGCGAGUUCGCAGACCCCCUACAUGUACACACCACCCUCGCCAGGACUUAUCCCACCAUCUUCCAAAUUUCUCAUACCAUUCCAACUAUUCUGGAACACUUCAACUGGAACAUAUACAGCAUCAUCUAUCCUUUGGAGGGCAUCAUGGCCAACCUGGCCUAUAAGACACGGGUGCUCAUGGAUAAACGCCGGUAUACUCCCGUCCUAACGGAAUCAUACCAGAAGCCCCUCAAUCUCUCAGUUGCCCGAAACAUCCUGAAGAAUGUCCGGAUAGAUUCAAGAAACCUAAAGCUUUCCUAA